UCAGUCGGUAAAUAAAUAAAGUGAAUUUUUCUUCUAACUUUUGAAGGAGUUGAAAGUGAAACUCUGUGUUGCACGCGUAAAUACAAUUCGUCGUAAAUUUAAAUAAAUGCAAAUAUUAAACAUUGAAUUUUUGCUUGCAACAGUCGCGUAUAAAAUAGAAAUAUAUAUAGCGUUGUGCGAGUUAAACUAUUUGUCCAGUUGUUUGCAUUCGGCAAGUAAAUGUAGCGGCAUAGUUAUAUUCGCUGCUGAAGUUUAAUUAAAUUUAGUUAAAUUAGUAGCAAUACAUACAUAUACAUACAAGUGGAUUUUACAUUUUUUUUCUUCAAAUUAAACUAUAAAAAGUGUUCCUCAACUAAAUAGCAAAAUAAGUUGUACGAAAAUUUCUUCGUGUAGUGUCACACUUGUUUAGAAGUGCCAGCGCAAAGGUUCGUCAAGUCUUUCGCGUCGCUGCGCUUUAACGUUUCUUUCGUAGUCGCAGUGCGAUUGUGUGGGCGUCGUGCAUGUUGAUACGCGUGCAUGCGUGCGGCGCUUUGUGAUUUUCGCGCAUUUUCUCCUUUGCCAAACUGUUGAUUGUGAUUUGUCAUGAUUUUGUAUGUACAUCCGUGUUGCGUUUGAUACACUGGGAGCUGCGUUAGAAAAUUUCGUGUGUCACUGCUGUUAUUAUUUUCAAUUUAAGCUUGGCCUCUUUGAGAUUUUGGUGGCUCGUUGGCAAUUCCCAUACUUUUGCUUGAAUAAAGUGUGAUUUUUUACAACAAUAAAUGCGCAAGUCAUUCGGUGAAUUAAGUGAAUAAAGCAAAGUGAUAACAAAAGGCGUAAGAAUUUUGAAUAUUUUAUUAUAUUUAAGUGUGGAUCGCAGCAAAGGUGCGCGGCACCACAAAUGCGUCAGCCAAUUAUGUUAAACGCCAAUUUGAAGGCAGCGCGAAGAAAUACACGCCACUGUUGAAGAGCGCAAAGGAAUUCGCGCCACGCAAGCGGAAAAAGGCAACGCAUACCAAUUAAAAUAUCAUUUAAUGAAAAACCAACAGRGCGCCAGCAUUUCAAGUAAACAAAUGCAAUGCAUACGCAAUAAGAGCUGACCAUUCAAGUGGCGGAAAAAAGUUAAUCGAGUGAUUGCAUCGGUCAGUAAUUAGCAAUGCCAYGCACAAACACAUGCACAGACAGGCACAUGCGCGCAUCAUUAUGUAAUAUGCAUAUAGAAUAAAUGUAUAAAACAUGAGAAAUGCGCAUAAAAGCAAUUUGUUUGUGGCGAAUGUGAAAUAUUGAAAUGAAAAUAAAAUCAAACGCUCAACUGCAUAUGUAAGUGUGCCAGUGUGUGUAUGUACAAAAACAAAGCGGCAGUCACGUUGAAAUAAAUAAAAGCCAUUAAAAAAUUAUUAACAAAGUAAUUAAAAAGAGCACAGCUUGCGCGCGCGUGUGUCGGUAUAAUUGCGGCGGCCAUUUUGCCAUAAUUUAAUUAAAUACAAAUAAGGUGGUAACUCGAAAUUGUUUAUAAAGAGCAGCCGUAGCAGCAGCAGCUGUAGUAGAAUUUUGUCAACAAACCGACGGUCCGGCGCAUAGACACACACACACACAAGGGCGCGCUUGUCCAACUAUGAAACUGCAUCCGACCACAAUGUCAACGCGCCGCCUGGGAUGUGCGCGCCAAAUGACAUGCGCCGCAGCGCUGCUACUGUGUCGCGCGCUCGUAAUUAUCGCGCUCAGUGAGCGGCUGCUGGCGGUCGGCGCGGGCAGCGGCGGCGGUAGUGGCGGCAGCGGAGGCAUCGGCGGCAGCAUCGGCAAUAAUGUUGACUCUGAAGAUCCUGAAUUUACGGACGUCAUUGAUAAUAUAACAGUGCCAGCGGGCCGAAAUGUCAAAUUGGCGUGCUCUGUUAAGAAUUUGGGCUCAUACAAGGUGGCGUGGAUGCAUUUCGAACAAUCGGCCAUAUUGACCGUUCACAAUCACGUGAUCACGCGUAAUCCCCGCAUUAGUGUCACACAUGACAAGCAUGACAAACAUCGAACAUGGUUCCUGCAUAUCAAUAACAUACAGGAGGAGGAUAAGGGCCGCUAUAUGUGUCAAAUAAACACGGUGACGGCGAAGACACARUACGGAUUUGUCAAAGUUGUUGUACCGCCGAACAUCGACGAUGCACUCACCUCCAGUGACGUCAUUGUGCGCGAAGGUGACAAUGUGACGCUGCGCUGCAAGGCGAAAGGUAGCCCGGAGCCAUCAAUUAGAUGGAGACGAGAUGACGGCAAUAAAAUUGUUAUCAACAAAACGAUGGAAGUGCUUGAAGUAGAUGGCGAAGCUUUGGAGCUGGAGCGCAUCUCCCGUCUGCACAUGGGCGCUUAUUUGUGCAUCGCCACCAACGGCGUGCCGCCCAGUGUCUCCAAGCGCAUUAAAGUCAGCGUUGAUUUUUCACCAAUGGUUUGGAUACCCCAUCAGCUGGUUGGCAUACCCAUGUACUUCAAUGUCACGCUAGAGUGCUUCAUCGAGGCAAAUCCCACUUCGUUGAAUUACUGGACCCGGGAGAACGACCAGAUGAUUACAGAGUCCGCAAAGUACAAAACUGAAACACUGCCGGGCAACCCCUCCUACAAGGCAACCAUGCGUCUCACCAUAACGAAUAUACAGAAGAGCGACUAUGGCAGCUACAAAUGUGUGGCGAAAAAUCCACGCGGUGAAAUGGAUGGCACCAUAAAGCUUUACAUGUCCAGUCCGCCAACAACGCUGCCACCGCCGACCACAACCACAACACGUCGCACCACAAUAGCGCCAGCCUGGGACAGUUUGAGCACGCCAAUUUAUGGCAUUAUGCCAACCAAUUCAGUGAUAGUCAUCGAUAAAAUGGGCACAAAGUACCAAUCAAAUCUGAAUGAGAUUGGUAAAUCCGAACAAAAGCUAACCGGUGAGAAUCCAAAAGGCUAUGACUGGUCAAAGGAUAAAAGUGCGGCAACAAGAAUGCAAUUGUGGCUGCCACAUACUGCAUGUGGCAACAGCAAUAAGCUAACGUACACACAACGAAUAUGUUGCAAUUAUGCAAUGAUAAUUGCAUUGCUCGGCAUGCUGCUGACGACGUGGCUGCAGACGGCAAUGAUCGGAACAACAGCAACAUCAACAAUAAUGACGGCAACAACAACUACAAAAGAAGCCGUAGUGGCUGCCACUGUAGACGCAGCAAGUGCAACUGCUGCCGACAGUGCAAUGAACAGGAAAGCUGUAAGCGCAUCAACAACAGCAAUAACAGCGGAAACAGCAACAACAACACCAUCAAGUGUGGUAUUAAGUGCAGAGGCUUGCAAAACAAUACGAAAAGAGUUCAACACAAAUGAGCACACACCACUACACAUGGAGAAUGAAAGGCGUAGCAUAAGCAUAGCAAAUAAGCARGCGUAAGAACUCAUUCUUCGAUUGCAUGUGGCGAAAAAUCAAAUUUCUGUAUCAACACUAGCAAACCAAUAAACAAAAGCACUCACAACACACACAGAUACACACGCAUACACUCAUUAACCAUUUUACUGCAGCUUUUCCCAUAAUAUUCGCUUUUUAUUGGCGUUUUUGCAUGCAUGAAACUCAAACACAAAAAAAAAAUUAAAAGCUCUUGAUUUCAGUAACUAGAACACUAAUUUUUGUUUAUUUCUGUUAUUUCCAAAUUUCCAAUUUUUUUUCUAGUUUUAAUAAGCAAAUUUUUAACUUUUCUCUAACCUUUUAAUUAUUUUUUCUGGCCUUUUUUCACAUUUCUCUUAUUUUUUCCUUUAAUUUUUAUGCCUUGCGGCACUUCAAGACCUAAACUUAUUCUUUUAAUCCAUCCCACUAACCAUAUUUGUGGAUUUUUCUUUCUUCUCUUCUUUGACUUCUCUUCUUUUAUCUCUUUAACUCCCGUUAACCCACAAUGACACUCAAAGUGACCACAGAAGUCUAUCAUAUUAAGACAUCACUCACAGCAACAAAUUUCAAUGCCAAAAGACAAAUGUGCCAAUUGUUUCAUAUAACAAAAACAACAACAUAAACGAAUUAUGCUAAACAAAGAAUGUGUAAAUAGUAUACAAGUACGAUUAUAUGCAAUAUAUGUUUAUGUAAUAUACUAAACUCUAAAUCUAGAAACUAUAUAUACUAAUAAAUACAUAAACAAAUAAAUAAGGAAAUAAUUUAAAAAAAAAUAAAAA